AUGUCUGGGCACACAGAUACUAGUCUCUCUCACAACACUCUGCCCGGGCCCAUUGAUACUAUUCUCUCCGAUGACACUCUGGGUUCCAUCGAGAUAAGCGGCCUAGCGAAGGCGAACAACGGAGAAUACGUCGCACUGGAGAUCCCUCGAGAGCUUCCGGACCCGCUCUCGAACGAUCUCAAUUAUCCUCACCGUGACCGUCUCCAAAACCGCGAAUUCCCGAGUAGCGACGGGAAGAAGCCGGCGCUGAAGCUGAAGUUGGGUGAGCUCCUUGGGGAAGGGAGCUGCGGGUGGACAUACGCAGUCGAGGUCAUCCCUCCUCCUUCCGGAUACACUUUCACCAUACCUCACCCCCUCGUGGUCAAGAUUGCAAAGCAAACUGAAGGUCGACGGAUUUCGGAGGAGGCUGACGUGUACGACAUGCUCAAGCCCGUACAGGGCAAGGCGACGGCCUGGUGUUACGGGUAUUUUCGUCGUCCAGUCAACUUGCAGGAGCUCAGUAUCACGCCCUGGGACCCUGAGACCACCUUCCCGAGGUCUAAAGAGACGUUCGACGUCCACAAUAUGCCUCACCCCUGCGCCAGUCUUAGCAUCCUACUCCUGGAGAGAUUGGGAAAACCCUUGAGCGAGACUGUCGAUCCGAGCAGACCGGAUUCGCUGCGGAACAUACCAGAAGCAGUACUGCGCGAGCAGCUCAUGCAACUGUGUCGCGACGUGUACCAAUGUCGCAUUGUUCACCUAGACAUAAAGCCAUCAAAUAUCCUACGAGCAUCUUUGAACGCCCCCGCCCCCGCAUCAUCCACCGACAUAUCCAGUCCAGUAAACCUGUGGCGCCUGGUGGACUGGGAUCAGGCUCAGAAGGUGAAGUGGCCUCUAAGGUAUUCUGAACCAUACAGCUUUACCAUCGACGGCAUGAUGGAUCUAGUGGUUCCGAAGUUCUACGCAUACGAGGAUGAACUCCAAAUGGAGGAAGAGCGGGAAGCGAAGAAGCUCGAAAUGACGAGGCUGCGCAAAGUUGGGAGUUCCGCAUAG